AUGAGCUCAUCUGGAGGCCCGUCGGGACCGUCAACGUCAACGGCUGGCGGUUCAGGCCAGGCGUCCGGGCAGCAGCUGGUAGCUGGCCCGAGCAACACGGCUCUCGUUCCUGCUGCCGCUGCUGCUCUCAUUCCUGCUGCUCCGGACGUUCAGCCGAUGGAGCUGAUUGGCCGGCCCACGAACGCCAAAUACGGCACGCUGGGCCGGCCCGUGAAGGUUCUGGUGAAUUUCUUCAAGGUGGAUCUGCGCAUCCCCUCCUCGCCUCUCGUCCACUACGACGUGCGCUUCUCCAAGGAUGUGCGCAGCAUGGUGGUGCGGAGGGCCAUGAUGAAGGCCAUGUACGACCAGCACCCGGAGACCUUUCCCCAGGACACUCUCCCCCUGCUAGCAUACGACGGCCAGAGCACCCUCUUUGCCCUGCGCCCUCUCAAGAUCCCGUCGCCCAAGGCGUUCCCUAUCAAAAUUAUGGACGAGCGACCCACACCAGCAGCGCGAGGCGAUGACGGGGAGGCGGCACUGAAGAGGCCGCGCAAGGAAGAUUCGAGGCCGCCGCGAAUCAAGGAUGAGCUGGACAUCACUCUCACGCAGGUGGCGGAGGUAGAUCUCUCGGCCAUCAAAGCGGCCAUCACCCCAGCGUGCACCUCUGCUCCUGUCUUUGCCCUGGACGCCCUCCGCGCUCUCGAUGUGAAGUUGCGGGACUAUGCUGCGCAGCGCUUCCUGCUGGUCAAGGACAAGUUCUUUGACAAGAGCUUUGGUCGAGUGGCCCCUCUCCCGGGCGGUAUCGAGGCAUGGACGGGUUUCAACGUGAGCUUCAGGCCCAUCCACAACGCGCUGGCGCUCAACCUGGACAUUGUGACAGCAUGCAUGGUGCAGCCCAUCCCUGUGUUGGACCUCCUCGGGUCCCUCCUCAACCGCAACCCGCCCGACCGCCUUUCUGACGCGGACAGAAUCCGGCUGAAGGGCAUUCUGAGGAACCUGAGGGUGGAGGGAAGGCCUAGUGGUCAGAAGCACAAGGUGUAUGACCUCACACGCGAGGGGGCUGCCGACCUCAGGUUCAACAACCGGCGCAACAACGAUGAGAGCCAGAGCGUGGAAGAGUAUUACCAGCGGCAGCACGGCAUCACCCUGCGCUUCCCCCACCUGCCCUGCAUCUCUGCGUCCAACCGGCCAAACAGGCCUUGCUGGGUGCCCCUGGAGCUCUGCAGCGUGGUGGACGCACAGAGGUACCUGCGCCAGCUGACGCCCCAGCAGGUGGCAGCCAUCGGCAAUCUGCGCCUCAAGCCCGACAAGCGCCGCACCGACAUUGCCAACGCGGUGGGAGCAGCGGGGCUCGCGAACAACCCUCUCUUGGAGGCCUUUGGAAUGCGCAUCCAGCCCAACAUGAUGCAGGCGGAUGGCCGCCAGCUAGAGCCUCCCGUUCUGCAGUUUGGUGAGAAGGGCACCUUGCAACCUCGCGACGGGCAGUGGAACAUGAACGACAAGCGCAUGUUUGCACCAGCCAAAAUCGGAACGUGGGCAGUGGUGUGUUUCGACCACCGUGUGAGGGACCCCAUGCAGGUGGCGACUGCCCUCAAGGAGUGCUGUGCGCGCAAGGGGCUGGUGAUCGAGAGCCGCCCAGAGGUGAUUGUGGAGGACACGCGCAGAGAGACGCCUGAGAAGCUGGUGGAGCGGGUGAUCGAGCGCCUGAAGCAAUUCAAGCCUGCUUUUGUUCUCUGGAUCCUCGAAGUCCGGAAGACCAGCCCGCUGUACGCGCCCAUCAAGAAGCUGUGUGACACAGUCAUAGGCGUGCCCACGCAGUGCAUCGUACAGCCGCCAGGCAAGGGCUUUAACGACCAGUACCUCACCAACGUGGCUCUCAAGAUGAACAUGAAGAUGAGGGGAGUGAACUGGGUGCUGACAGACACCAUCAGGCGCUCCAUGCGCCCCCUCAAUGAGAUGCCCACCAUGGUAUUCGGCCUCGACGUCUCCCACGGUGCUCCGGGCAGCCACGCUCCGUCUGUCGCUGCUGUGGUUGCCUCUAUGGACCCCAAUGCCAGCAAGUACGCGGUGCGGAGGCGCGCACAGCACAGGAGGCAGGAGACAAUUCUCGGCCUCUUCGAUGCAGAAAGUGACACUGGCGGCAUGCUCUGUGAGCUGAUGAAUGAUUUCGGCAAUGCCAACAAGAUGGGACCCAAGCGCAUCAUCGUGUUCCGGGACGGCAUCAGCGAGUCGCAGUUUCCAACAGUGGGGGCAACAGAGCUGCAGGCAUUCCGCAAGGCGUUCGAGUUGACGGGCAAGAAGGUGGGGGUCCCCAACUUCCGCCCCGCCAUCACCUACAUCGUCGCACAGAAGCGCAACAACGUGCGCUUCCUGCCGUCCCAGGGCGACCGCAACGUGCAGCCGGGGACCAUCGUGGAUAAGGAUGUGACCCACCCUUUCUUCUUCGACUUUUACAUGGUCUCGCACAAGGGGCUGCUGGGCACGAGUAGGCCAGUGCACUACCACGUGCUGCAUGAUGAGAAUGGGUUCACUGCGGACGAGAUUCAGCACCUCACGCACUCCCUAUGCUACAGUUAUGGGAGAUGCACUCGAGCCGUCUCCACUGUGGCGCCUGUAUUACCAGAAGUGGUUGUCUAUUCCUUUCUCCCUCUCCCCCCCCCUCCCUCCCUCCCAGUGGCGCCUGUGUUCUACGCGCACCUGGCAGCGACGCACUGCCGCAACCACUUUGACCACGAUCAUGAUCACGACGCCACCGAGUUCUCCUCCGAGGCCACUGCCUCAUGCAUGCUCCCAUGCUUCCCUGCUCCCAUGCUCCUCUGCCAACUGUGUCACCCUGCCCCUGUAUCCCUCUGCCCCUGUGUCCCUGCCCCUCUCCUCCCUCCCUCCCAGUGGCACCUGUGUUCUACGCACACCUGGCAGCGACGCACUGCCGCAACCACUUCGACCACGGUCACGAUCACGAUGCCACCGACUUCUCCUCCGAGUCUAGUGCCGGCCGCAACAGGGACCCUGGCGUCCCUCGCCCUCCCCCGCCGCCUGUGCCUGAGCUACCUGCUCUCGCUCAGGGCAUGCCCACACGCAUGUUCUACUGUUGAGUUUAAAUGCGUCUCAAGACACCGCUGCCCCUCGUCCUCCCCUUCUUCCCUCGCCACCCCCCUCCGCAUGUGCCUGAGCUGCCUGCUCUCGCUCAGGGCAUGCCCACACGCAUGUUCUACUGCUGAGUUUCGAGACGUUCCAAGACGCCGCUGCCCCUCGUCCUCCCCUUCUUCCCCUCGCCCUCCCCCGCCGCCCGUGCCUGAGCUGCCUCUUCUCGCUCAGGGCAUGCCCGCUGCAUGUUCUACUGCUGAGUUCGAGACGUCUCAAGACGCCGCCGCCCCUCUCCCUUCCCCUCCUACCCCUGAGCCGCCUAAUCUCGCUCACUGCAUCCCCACAUGCAUUUUCUUCGCUGAGUUUGAAGACGUGAAAAGGUGUUGUUCGAUUCAGUAG